AUGGCGUCCAGUUUUGACCGAUGGGAAAAAGAUCCAUUCUUUAACGCCGCUGAAGAAGUUCAAGAAUCUGCAGAUAGGAUGGAAUCUACAUUUAGGACAUGGAUUCAUGCUACCAAAGAUAAUUCAAGCAGGCAUCAAGAUUUUAUCACUGCUAUGGAGGAUAAGAUAAAGAAAGUCGAGCUUUCGUUAAAUGAAGCCUUCCCUUUGGGUGGAAAGGCAUCUCGGCAGUGGGUGUGUUUGGACGAAGGAGAAAAAGACGAGCUUGCUAUGUUUCUUUCAGGAAUGCCAGUAGCUGAAAGCAACAGUCAGCGAUUAUGUGAUAAGGGUUAUGUCGUUAAUUUGUCGAAGGAUUUUCCUGUUUCAACUGGGCGUGGCGAAGUUAAGGAGGAGGUAUCACACGGGUUUCGUAGGGUGGCUAGUGCUAGUGCUGAUAUUGGUUAUUGGAAAAUUUCAGUUAACGAUGAUCCACAGCAGUUGAGUUCCUCCAGUGGUUCUUCUGGAGGUGGUCCAAUGCAUAAGGUGCCAAGCUUAUCGGGAUUUUUUAGUUCUGUUGAAUCAAUCUCGAAAUUGAAGUGGCCGAGGAAUGGGGAAACAAAACCUGCCUUGAAAAAAACUAAAAGUAGCCUCAAUAGUUUGGAUGAAUGUUACGACAAGCAACUCUAUGGAUGGUGUGGCGCUAUUCAGAGACAGCUUCAAAGAUCUCAAUAUCAAAUGCAAUACAGUCGGCUAGCACGAAUAACUGUUUCCGUUAUUCUCCUUUGCUUGAUUGUUUUAAUUGCAUUCCGCAAGAUGUAG